AUGCAGUCAAAUGGUGAAAAGAAAUCCAUGCAAAAGCAUGGCAAAGGCAACACGGGGAAGUCCAAUCGCCAGAAAAACAUGGCAAGGAACAACGAUGGCAGAAGCAAUUCCAAAAGCGGCGAUUUCAAGACACCACACAGCACCAAUACCACAUGGCCGAGGCCUAUGGUGAACUAUCCAUGCCCUCGGGUUCCAGUCUCUGUUCCUGUACAAUUGGUUCCCCGAUCACAAAUAAACAUGGCUCCGGCUACUUCGCAUGUUUUCGGAGCUGGAGUUCCGAUGUACCCGAGGUACAGCCUCAGUGUCCCCCCACCCCCACCUCCGAUUUCAUCGCCGGCACUGCCCGUGCAGCAGAACAUACCGAUAAUACCAAACAUGGCUGCAGCAUUUCCACCAUUGCCGCCGCCCGCUCCCAGAUAUAGCAUGAAUUUUAGCGAAUUCAACACUUUGCCGAGGUAUUCGAAGCCUCGAUUUGCACCAGUCACAAUAACUCGUGCCCCUCUCACAACAUCAACUAGUAAGGCACACUGGGAACGGGAGACACCACAUGCUAUUCCCAUUGUCGAUCCCAAUUCCAACAAGGACAUUCGGAAGGAGCACAUUGACAAUAUUCGAAAACAUGCAAGUCUUGUUGACCUCACAGUGGAAGAUCGUGGUCUGAAGUCCGAUUCCCAGGGGACAUCACAGGAACAAUUUUGUAUACAAGACUUGCAGUUCCUUCAAGAAAGUCUCAUCUCCAACGAAGAAGAAGUGACAAAGAAUGAUCUACAAGAGUUAGUACAUGAUUCCUGUGUUCGUGAGAAUCAGGAAGAUGAUCAAAAUACGUCUCAGCAGAAGCCCUCAACUGAUGAUAAACUGGAAGAUUUUUCCCAAAAUGAUAAUGAUAUAAUGAGUGAAGUAACAAUCAAAAGUUCAGAUGAUCAAAGUGAUGCAUCGGAUGGAGAGCUGUUGGAAUUAACAAGUAACAAUGAAGCAAUAGAUACAGGUGAAGAACAGAACGAACAAUGCGAUAAUCUUAUUGCUGGUAAUGAGAGUAAUUUGCAGGAGGAUGCAGCUACAGAAGAAAAAGAAAGCUAUAAAGAUGAGAAUGAGGAGGAAAAAUCGUGUGAAAAUACCAAUGUGUGUGAUAUGGCUUUGCCAACCAAGAGGAGAACGUAUACAUUGGAUUUUUUGUAUAAAUUCAAAGAUUGCAGAAUGCGGGGAUAUUAUAUUAAGGAUUUGAACAAGUGUCCAGAUGCUAUUAGGGACAUUGAUAUCAAGAGGACAGUCACUGUGAAUAAUUUAUUUCCACAUUUUGCGGUGAAGGGAACAGAAAAUGUCAUAAUAACAACCAAGUCCAAGAAGAAGGCUCAACCGGUAGCAGACAGGAUAGUCAGUGAGCCGAUAAGGACAUCAUCGAAAGAGCGUACAAAAUCUCCGUUGAAAGGAAAAUCAAACAUAAUUCACGUGAAUUUAUCUAUUCAUGAAGAUGUCAAGUUAAAUGAAGUGCAAAAUGCCUGGAGGCCAUCGGUAUUCACUAGCCAGACAGGUGAUUUUGGGGAAGAAGUGGAAACGGAGAAUUUAUUAAAACAAUUCCGAAGCAUAUUGAAUAAGAUAACACCGAAAAAUUUUGAUGUUCUCCUUGUUCAAGUGAAGGAAAUGAAAAUUGAAAGACCGCACCAUGUGGAUGAGUUGAUUAGUUUGGUAUUUGAAAAAGCUGUGGCUGAGCCCAAUUUUAAGGAAUGCUAUACCAAAUUAUGUCAACAAAUAUCAAAAGUGUACCAACCACCACCAAAUUCAAGCACAAGGAGUGACUUUGAUUUCAAACGUAAGCUCAUCACGCGAGUUCAACAUGAAUUCAAUACCUGUAUUGAGAUAUCACAGAAAAAUGUGGGUGAUUUCGAAAGUGAAGUUGAUUAUGAUAGUGUGCGGAAAAGAGCAAUUGGAUCUGUUCAAUUUGUUGGUGAACUUUUCAAUUUUGAGUUGCUUUCGUUAAAAAUAAUGAAAAGUUGCGCACAUAAUCUUCUGAGUUGCGGUACUGAACUAGCUGUGGAGUUGAUGUGCAAGUUUUUGUCAACAAUAGGAGCAAAAAUGGAAAAAUCUGUGAGAGAGUUGAUGAUUCGACAUGUUAAGGAAGUUUUAGCUUCAAAAAAACAAAAGUAUCCCAGCCGAAUCCGUUUUAUGGUGUUGGACUUGGAGGACCUGCACAAGGCUUGGAUUCAAAAUAACAUCACUUCAAAUGACCUAAUGAAAUAAAUUUAUUAUCAGAUUUUUUUUAGUACAGUUAACGAAAGAAUCUGUUAAAUGGAGAAUUACUUUUACUUGUUUAGUCCUUAUUUUUAUUUUAUUUGAUCAAUAAAUCUCAAAGCAUUGGAUGCUGCAAUGUA